GCGUUGCCUUGUGAACACCGUCAGAGAGCGACCAGCCUAUCCCUGGAGGAUCAACCGUCACACACUCGAAAUGCCUUCUACUUGCAACUUGUAGCUAACGACUGGCUGUAACAUUUUACAAUGGAUAGUAUCGGUAGCUAGCUUGUUUUAUCUUAACCGACCAUGUAAACCGUCUUAUCACGAAAGGCAGUUGACUCGUGACUGACCGCCGUAGGACGGUAACUGUACAGGAGUAGCCAGUUACAGCCCUCCGAGCAACGACAAGAAUAGACGCACCGAACACUCAUCUCCUAGCGCAGAAGUCCGUGCUCACAGUCUGGUUAACUAGAGCGUUUUUACCGUUUGACGCCCCCAUAUGCCGGCGCCAACGCCCGUCUCAACACCCUGAAGGCAGAGAGAGAAGGCGGGAGGGAGGCAACGGUAGCUCUGGGGUCCCCGACACUCAGCCGAGAAGAGGCAUCGCUGAAAUGAGAUGAGGCUCAGAAAUGGAACUGUGGCCACUGCGAUUAUUUUCUUCACGUCUUUCCUCAGCCUGUCCUGGUACACAGCGUGGCAGAAUGGCAAAGAGAAGCUGAUAGCAUACCAGCGGGAGUUCCAUGCCUUGAAAGAACGCCUUCGUGUGGCCGAGCACAGGACGCUGCAGCGCUCGUCUGAGCUCAACAACAUUCUCGAGCAGUUCAGACGCGCCAUCGCCGAGACUAACAGCAGCAAAGAUGCUCUCACAAACUUCUCAGAUGAGACACAGAAACUCCUGAAGGAGCUCGCAAAUAGGAAACCUCUCCAGGUGCCAAAUAUCUACCACCACCUGCCUCACCUUCUCGACAAUGAGGGCAGCCUGCACCCUGCCGUGCAGGUUGGUCUCGGCCGCACAGGAGUCACCAUGGUGAUGGGGAUCCCCACAGUGAAGCGGAAGGUGAAGUCUUAUCUGUCAGAGACACUGCGUUCGCUAAUAGACAAGCUGUCACCAGAGGAGAAACUUGACUGUGUCAUUAUUGUCUUCGUUGGGGAGACUGACGUGGACUAUGUUCACAGCGUGGUUGCUGGCCUGGAGAAAGAGUUUUCUACAGAGCUGAGUUCAGGCUUGCUGGAGGUGAUCUCCCCACCAGCCGCCUAUUACCCCGAACUCACCAACCUCAAAGAGACUUUUGGAGACUCCAAAGAGAGAGUCAAAUGGCGAACCAAGCAAAAUCUGGACUAUUCCUUCCUCAUGAUGUAUGCUGUGAGCAAAGGAGUUUAUUAUGUCCAGCUGGAGGAUGACAUUGUGGCGAAGCCGAACUACUUUGCCACUAUGAAGAACUUUGCCCUGCAGCUCUCGUCAGAGGACUGGAUGAUCCUGGAGUUCUCUCAGCUGGGCUUCAUUGGAAAAAUGUUCCAGGCUCCAGACCUGAACCUCAUUGUUGAGUUCAUCUUCAUGUUCUAUAAGGAAAAGCCCAUCGACUGGCUGCUGGACCAUAUUCUCUGGGUCAAAGUCUGCAAUCCUGAGAAAGAUGCGAAACACUGCGAGCGGCAGAAGUCCAGCCUACGUGUGCGGUUCAGACCCUCCCUGUUUCAACACGUGGGACUCCAUUCUUCUCUUGCUGGAAAGAUCCAAAAGCUCACAGACAAGGACUUCUUGAAGCCACUGCUUCACAAGAUGCAUGUCAACCCCCCAGCUGAGGUUUCCACUUCAGUGAAGGUGUAUCAGGGUCACACACUAGAGAAGACGUACCUAGGAGAGGACUUCUUCUGGGCCAUCACUCCUACUGCAGGAGACUACAUCCUCUUCAAAUUUGACCGACCUGUUAGCAUAGAGCGGUUCCUGUUUCGCAGUGGUAACCAAGAGCACCCAGGGGACAAGAUCGAGAACACCACAGUGGAAAUACUGCCUGUUUCGGAACCUGAACCGAAGACCAAAGAGAAGUUCAAACGAACUGAAGACCGCUUUUACAGGAUUGGUCAGUUUGAAAAGGGUGUGGCAGAGGGAUUUGUAGAUCCUUCUUUCAAUCCCAUCAUAGCACUUCGGCUUUCAGUUGUCAAAGACUCAGCUGUGUGGGCCAUUCUCAGUGAAAUACAUAUAAAGAGGAUAGCUGGCUGACUGUUCAGGAGCGGGCACAUGAAUCAUGGCCCCUGGGGCACCAAAAUCUCCUAGAUUGCUUACGCAGGGCUUCUGGCACCUGGCAACCAGCAGUGAAGUCAUUAGAGCCCACUAGAGUUGCUUGUCUGAGGAACGCCACCUCGCUAUCCCCGCUCUUCCUAAUGUACCUUGUUUUGCUUCUCAUCGAUCGAUUUCUCCAUUUCUUUCUGCAUCUCUCCUUCACUCUUGUGUUCUUAAUUCAUUUGUGAGAAUGUGAAUACUACUGUCCUAAAGAACAACAGCGGAGUGUGUGGAAGACAUCGGUUCCCAGCUCUGGCUCUCAAAGUGACUGUUGUUCAGCAGCUUUGAACACAAUCAGAAAAUGCUUGGACGAAUAAGGACAAAUUAUCACGUCUGGGGAGAACCAGUCACCUGGCCACUGGUGUAGAUGCUGCCAAAUCCUCCUCUGUUUCUCAAUCCUGCCACCUUCGGGCAAGCUGGGGCAUUGCACUGUCCACUAGCGCCUCAGCAAAAGCCCAUGAUGAUCAAGAAUGUUGUCAUCACUAAUGGCCAGUUGCUCUCUGUUCUCGACAGAGAUGACGGAGCUCUAGAUCAACACCAGCCCAAACAACAAUGUUUCCCUCACACCCAGAGUACUGUCAGCCACGCUCAAAUACUCCACUUGUCCUGAAACACAAACUCAGGAUGAGCUUACUGUUCCAAAAUCCUGCCUGUAGCCAGUCAGUAACAACUUUGACCAUACUGUAGGCCAGAUUCCGUGGUAACUAUCCCAAUUCAUCAAGAAAAUAAGUUCCAUGACACCAUAUCUAUCUCACCUCCUGUCUGACAGGCCAUGUAAGACCUCAGUGUCCAUUAAUAGUAAACCAAUCAGACAUUGCCUUGGUGUCAUUUUCCCGAAGGAAUAUAUUGUUAUAUUGAUAUAUUAUUACAGCUAUGACGAUCUAUGAAGGUGACUUAAUUUAUUUGAAAUAAAUCUUUAAUUUGUACAAGAGGUAAGAUAUAUUUUUAUUCUAUUAAGAGACGUGUAUGGUAGUUCAGAGGAUGUUUUAUUUGUGUACUGUUUUUUGUUGUCUAAAUUGCUGUGUACAUUUUCUUUUCAUUAUUACAGCUACUUGCGAAGUUGCUUUUGUCUGUUGUUGCAAGUAGCUUGGUUCAGUCGGUUACCGUUUCUUUUCACUUGAAGCGAAAUGUUACACUUAAAACGGUUCAUUUUCACUUCUUAAAGUCUGAAUGGCUGGAGAGUUGGGAAUAGAUUCUGUUGAAGAAGUUGUGGUUCAAAAUUGAAAAAAAUUGUGCCUUAUAUCCAGGUCCCUUGAAAUUGUCUCAGCAACAUUAUUCCAAUCUGUCACUCUUGCCUACACUUUGAUUGCUGGAAACGCUAAUAUUUUUUAAAAUAACACAAAAUCCAAUUAGUGAUUGGAUGUAAAGAACAAUAUCUCUGUGUUAUGCUAAGAGACAGUGGUAAAAAAGAGGGGGGGGGUUUUAUACCAGAUUACCAUCUGAAACGGUGUAAUUUGCACUGCUUUUUCACAAUUUUUGUUACCAUCACACCCUUCACCAUUGUACUUAAAUUCCCAUAGUAGAUGCUUAUUUCACUGACUCCUCCAAAUCUAUGUAAAUAUCAAUUUGCCCAAUCACGUAUCUUUUAUUCGAUUGGACAGAAUAUUAUGACUACUGAUUAUGUGCACAUUUUCUUGUAUGAUUUGGCUGAGGUUGUGUAGUACUUUCACUGAUUGUAAAUAUAUUAAAAAAAGCAAUGCUCUCUCUCUCUCUCUCUCUCUCUCUCUCUCUCUCUCUCUCUCUCUCUCUCUCUCUCUCUCUCUCUCUCUCUCUCUCUCUCCCCUCCUGCCUUUUUAAUAGUUUAUUGAAAUUCACUUGACAUGUGUUUUUGUGUGUGGCCAAUGUUUUGAGUUGAAGAAAUUUGUGAAACUUCACUCAUUUUACAUUUUUGUGGUUUAUUCAAGGGGGUAGUGAAGUGCCUUUUGGUGAAAUUGAUAUGGGUCAAUCUUUGCUUAUGUUGUUCAUGUGCAUGAUUAUUUGUAGUUUAUAAACAAUGCAUUUUUGGUCAGAGCAGGCUCCUCCACCCCCUGAUCAAACCAUCCAUGCUAGAGCUGUACUCAAGAAAGCUUGAUCGCCGCCUCUUCAUCAGAUUCUUUUUUUAAUUGGGAGAAGAUGAGAGCAAGUCGCUUAAAUGGUGGAACAUGUUUUGAAAGGGGAAUGAGAUUCAGUACUAGUAACAGGAUUUGCUUCUCCCUCUUUUCCUGGAUCCCCAUACAAACAGAAACUGAAUGCAUGAAAACAGCAUGAACGGCCAUGAAUCUCUUGAUUCCCCUACUGUAUUGUUGGACUGGAGACAAAAAAAGAAAAGGAACUCUUCCCUUGAUCGACAACUCCAUACACUCAUCAGUUCAUGUGCCUUCAUCAUGUACAUGUGUAUGCCUGCCUCUGAUGUUUUUGACAUCAUUUUUCAUGGACAUCUUUGAAAUAAAUGAUAAAAGUUGUUAGAAGUCA